GACACUGAGCAUCAUCAACUCUCCCCUGCAGCCGCUCGCAGUCGCUGCAUCCGAGUAGACAGACAGACAGACAGACAGAGGGAAUCAGGCAACAGACAAGACAAGUAAAGGAGAGUAGAAAUAGAGCUGUCGUUCUCUGUUUUGUUUUAUUCUUUUUAACUGUGCAACCAUUUUUAGGUCUAGAGGAGCUGAAAAAGCCAUAAGUUUGUGCUAUAUGUGUCGCGCAGUUGAGGAAAGAUUCAGUGAGAUGCAGAAGUAAAGGGCAUCUUGUCUCUGGCUCCAGUCCACCCCAGAGCUUUUUUUCUCUUCAGGAUCAGCUCUCAUUGCUCGCAGCCUGAGGAGGAGAGGAGAUGCUGAACAACAUGACGGACGGCGAGGAGGGAGAGGGGGGACCCAACAGUCAGGGUGAUGGGAAUCCCAAAGAGAGCAGUCCUUUCAUCAACAGCAGCGCAGCCACUGAUGCGGAAAAGAGCCAGCAGUACGAUGGCAAGAACAUGGCUCUGUUUGAGGAGGAGAUGGACACCAGUCCAAUGGUCUCCUCUCUGCUCAGCACUCUGGCCAACUACUCCAACCUGCCAACUGGCAGCAAAGAGCACGAAGAGGCCGAGAAUAACGAGGAGGGAGCACGUCCAUCUAAAAAACCUGUCAAGGCUCCCCAGUUGGGCACUCUGAUGGGAGUGUACUUGCCGUGCAUCCAGAAUAUUUUCGGCGUGAUCCUCUUCCUGCGGAUGACGUGGAUGGUGGGGAUUGGCGGCGUCUUCGGCUCAUUCAUAAUUGUCUUCAUGUGUUGUUCCACGACCAUGCUCACAGCCAUAUCCAUGAGUGCCAUUGCAACAAAUGGAGUCGUACCAGCUGGAGGUUCGUACUACAUGAUCUCUCGCUCUCUGGGGCCCGAGUUUGGCGGCGCCGUUGGGAUCUGCUUCUACCUGGGCACCACAUUCGCAGGCGCCAUGUACAUUCUUGGUUGCAUUGAAAUUUUGCUGAUUUAUAUUGUUCCUCAGGCAGCCAUCUUUAAGAUUGAGGGCCUGGAGGGGGCAGAAGCAGAAGCCGCUCUGCUCAACAACAUGCGUGUUUACGGCACCAUCGUGCUGAGCUUCAUGGCGCUGGUGGUGUUUGUGGGGGUCAAAUACGUCAACAAGCUGGCGCUGGUCUUCCUUGCCUGCGUCAUCCUCUCUAUUCUGGCUGUUUACGCCGGCGUCAUCAAGACUGCAAUCGACCCCCCUGUCUUCCCCGUCUGCCUCCUGGGGAAUCGAACUCUCAUGUCUAAAGGAUACGACGUGUGCGCAAAGGUGAUUGAAAUAGACAACGACACCAUCACCACCAAGCUGUGGAGAUCCUUCUGUGAUUCCGAGUACCUUAAUGCCACAUGUGACGAAUACUUCACCAACAACAAUGUGACGGAGAUACAGGGAAUCCCAGGGGUCACCAGCGGCAUCCUGGCAGAAAACCUCUUUGGGAACUAUCUGGAAAAAGGGAUGAUCCUGGAGAAGCGUGGACUUGCGUCUGAUUCGGAUCCAGACAGUCCCACAACAAACUCCAACCGCUUUGUCCUGGCAGACAUCACCAGCUUCUUCACUCUGCUGGUGGGGAUCUACUUCCCAUCUGUUACAGGUCAGCAGCAGAUAAGUUCAGUGAAGAGACGAGGGGGCUGCACAUCUGGCUGA